GAAGCAAGUAUGCAGUUGAUCGCUCCGGGCUAGCAACUGACUGCUAACUGUCUAUCAAAAAUCAAUCUUGGCGUAAAUACACAUUCUGGACUUAAUAGAGUUUCUUUCUCAAUCGGCAGACUAUCGUUGCGAGGUAAGCAUCUUUCUUGCUCCUUGCCUUGGCAUCUGCGCUCGGGUCGACUUGCUUUGUUCGCUUAUAUGUACGACGAAAUAACCUUCCUGGCGGCAAUAUCAACCUUGAAUUGGUUCCGAGGACCACUGCUAUGCUUGCGGGCCACGGCAUUAUGGGAUGCAUGCAAUUCGCAUGCUGUACAGAAACCUGCAAGUCUGCAAGGACCAGGAGAUUGUUACUUCACACCACCACGUCUGCGGCCAUCUAUGCGGCCGGCCGCUCGAAAUUGCGAGACAUAUGGGCGUCCCCUAAACGCAAGGAUUCUCUGGCUCAGAUCCUGGGAACCCAAUCGAGUGGGAAGGGGAGCCACGUUCGUCUGUGAUAGGCUAGUCUGGCGGUCUCGCUGGCUACCCAGCCCAUGUCCUCAUCAAGCAACCGACACUACGAAUGAGGCUGUGAACCACCCUUGGUAUUCAUUCCGUCGUCAGCAGCUAAAUCUGACCCAGACCGGCGACCAUCCAGAAAGAAAUAGAAGAGCCAGGUGGGCAGCAGGUGUACUUUCCCUGCAACUGUUCAAACAGUGAUCCGGGUCCUCACUGGCACCGAGGCUGUACCCUUCCACCAAUCCAUAUUCCAAUUUGCAUUUCGACCAAGUGCUACGGUAUGAAUAACGAUUUGCGGAUGCUGAU